GCUAUUUAUGCCCCGUCACUCUGCUCGUUUGGUCUAGUCAACAUGGCGUACCUCAUGUAGGGGUCGAGUGUGAUUACCUGACAUUUAAAGACACUUAUUGGAGCUUAUUUUCUCCGCUGUAAAUACUUUUUUGUCGCCAUGUUAGCAAACGUAGCUGUGCGGACUGUUCUGAAGUCGUCGGCUGGUGUUUUGAGGGAAAGCGGCGCUCUGUGCUCGGUGAAACCCUGGACAUGCAGCCCGGCGGUGAUCACAGGUCCGAGAAUCAGCUGCGGUGAGUCUGAGAGACAGGAUAAACCUAUACUAUGUGAAUGACCGUGUUUGGAAGAAGCUGCGUGAUCGAGGAUGUUUUCUACACAUGUUAUCCUUCUGUCAACAGGAUCAGGAUCUGUAAUGUGUUAAGGCGGACAGCAGGGGGCGCUAGAUGUGUAGCGAUUUAUGCAAUGCCAGACGGCGAGGGCAUGCUAUGUGACAUACAAUGUGUCUUAACGUGAAUCAAACCAAUGCCUUACUCUUUAGUUGGAGUUUGGGUAAAAGGUGGGCUGCAUGGUGGCGCAAAAAGGUUUCUGGUUCGAAAUCCCCGAGUGGUGUUUGUUGUCACUGUGCAUGAGUGGGUAGUACUCCGGCUUCCUCCCACAGUCCAAAAACAUGCCUGUCAGGUUAAUUGAUCACUGUACUUGUGAGUGUGUGAAAGGUUUUCUGUCUCUGUCCAUCUCUCUCCUUCUGCAUCUCCCUCUAUCCCCCUCUCUAAACCCCAUGCAGUAGCAGCAGAUGACCAUCUAACACGAGUCUGGUUCUGCUCAAGGUUUCUGCCCGUCAAAGGAGGUCUCUGCUGUAACUUGCUUAAAGGAAUAUCCCGGUGUAAAAUUAAGUUAGGGUCAGACACACCGUAACGACAAGUUAGACACCCCCUCGAGAGAUGAAUGUUGCUGACCACUUGCUCCUCUAGUUAUACCAACUUUAGUAACGACCACAGAUGGUAAUACAGAGAGCCACGCGCUCAACCAAAACGCCAAUCUAUAGCCACAAAUAAUGCUUAGAACAGCACCUAACUUCAUCAACAGUACAUAUAGGGUCCCAGCCAUAGCAAUAGCCAUCAAGCAUCUUUUUAACUUUGCCUGAUUUCUUUAGCAAAGAGACUAAACACAACUCAUCUACUCUCUUCCAGCAGCUGCUUCUUUGUACGGAGACCUCAGGCGAGUCCAUUAUGGACUACAGUGGGGUGACGCAGCUCAAGGAAGAACAUUUCUGAUCAUUUCUUCAUGCAAAUGUAAUCAGACUGAGACACUAAGGCAGAAGAACUACUGCAUCUGCAGUGCAAAAUGAUUAAUAUGAUGACCAUUACUUUAAGGAAAUGAGAAAGAAAUUGUCAUAAAUGUUCUUCCUUGAGCUGCGUCACCCCGCUGUAGUCCAGAAUGGACUGGCCUGAGGUCUAGCUAGAAACAAGCGGCUGCUGGAAGAGUGUAGGUGAGUUGUGUUUAGUCGCUUUACUAAAGAAAUCAGGCAAAGCCAAAAAGGAGUUUGGUGACUAAUGCUGUGGCUAGGACCCUAUAUGUACUGUUGAACACAAGAAACUGAGCUGAACACAAGAAAAAAAGAGCACCAGUGAAUAUAGAUAUCGUUCCUUAAAGGGAAUUUGCAGAAAAACAGUAGUAGAGUAAAAGCUGUCACAAAUUUACUUAGUCACAGAGUUACUUAGUCACAUAUCUGACUUAUUUCUAAAGUAACAUGUUGUCCAAGAUGCGCUAUCAUUUCACUAGGAUCUUCCAAAGGGCAUCAACAGCAACUACGCCUCCAUUUCCCCCUCAUGUUUACUAGCAUGAGAUAAUUUGUUUUUUCUCACACCUUAUUUUCAGCUCACUCACACAAAGAUGCACGAAACCCUCUUCAACAGGCCCGCCCAGGAUUUGGUUGGCUCCUUCCUGCAAAUAAAGUCUGUUCUCAGACUCAUGAGAAAAAACCUCAAAAUAUUUUAAGCCCUGAACAUCUGUAAGGAAGACAAAGCACACGGGAAGUUACAUCAGACAGAAAUGGGAUUUAAAUUUAGAGCUAAAAGUAUCUUUUUCUUUUAUGAUAAUAAAUACCAAGAUCAGUAACUCUCACUGAGAGCCCAGACUACUGAGAAACCAGACAUGUUUUCAUGUGUCUUGAUUCUUGAAGCUUAAGUGUCAAGAGGAAAUGACAUCCCUCAGUGUUUUGAUGAUGCUGAUUGUAGAAACCACUAUCGCCUCACCAUCCUCCAGCUCUUGCGUAGUUGUGUUUAAUCUGGGAUGUGUGGACAACCGCGUUUUGUAGAUUAUCUUGCAGAUGCUGCUCAAAUCAUGCAGCUUUGACUUGCAGAUCAUCGCUCUUUCACUUUCCCCUAAAUGGACUGAGCAGAAAUGUUGCACAAGUAGCAAUGCAGACAGAAUCACUUUCAUACUAGGAAACAGAAAGCGUUUAAUAAAGUCUUGGGUUUGUCUGCAAGUAGAAAGUUUCCAAGUAGACCUCUUUGUUACGCUCAUCUAUAAGAUUUUUGUCUGUUUUCACAGUUGGAGGAAGUUUCGCUGUUCCACCUCCAGUGAGGCAUUAUGCACGCGGGGUACAGAAAAGGAGGACAGGUUUGUAGGAGGCUGUCAUCACUGAAACCAAGUUUUAAAUGUUUCACAAAAGCACUAUUUUCAUCAAUUUCUUGUUCCCUCCAGCCAUAGAGAGCCAGCUGAGUGAUCUUACCCCAACAAUGCCGAAGCUGGAAUACGCAGCUGUGCCCCUCGCUCAAACGUAAACAUACAUACAUUAGACCAUACUCAGAUUACGUAUUUGCACCUAAUUCAAAGGCUCUACUGACACUUGUGUUCUUUUGUGCUCAUAGGACAGAUGACAUCGUCAAAAGACUUCUUUCCUUGGAGUUAGGGAGCCAUGUAAGUUCACAGGUAAUCACCAAACCUCUUCCUUCUUAUCUUCAAACAUUUUUACUCACGCUGACUGCUUCUGAUUUUAGCGUGAUAAGCUGAAUUUGAAGAAGGAAGAGCUCAUUUCAAAAGUCCAGAGGGAUGAGAACGACCGCAGCUCAGUAGAAGUUAGGGGUGAGUUCCUCUAACUUGAAUGUUGAAACGGUGUGCUCAAAAGAGAACGGGGGUGCACCGCUUUUACUACCGACAUUGGUGUCACAUUCAGCCACAACAUUGAUUUUGCAACACUGUCAUUGCCGGUUUAGGCACCUUUUUUUGGGUUGUUGUACUCAUGUCUCAGUUAUUAUCCACACACUAAAGAUAAGAUUUACUUCCCCAAACACUGAUACAGCCUCUGCUGGCUAAAGAGGUUGCAUAAUGGGAUGACUAGUGACCGAAAAAGAGGCCCAGAGUCACGUUCACUAACCAAAAGUCGCCACCUCCUCAUGUCAGCGGUUUUCAUUCAUUAGACAUGAGCAGAAUGAGUUUGUGUGUAAGCUGCUCGCAAAGGGGGAAUUACUGGUAAUUAAUCAGGUAGUUCCCAGGUCCUUACGAAAUCUGCACCUGCUUCUGACUGCCUAUCUUAUCUAUAUGUUAUGGGAGUCACCCACUAAAGUGGCUUAUGACUCCCUGACCCUCCACACACCGUGAGGGCUGGCCUCUGGUGAGGUGAAAUUCUUAAAGCUCCUAUGAAGAGGUUUUCAAUGUAUGUGGAAUUGUCUUAAAUUCAUGUUAAUGCCUUUUUAUGACAUACAAAAGCAAAGAAAUAGACCAUCAUGAUGAUUUUUUUGUUGUAAUUUCAAACACCUGAAACCAGUGUGGGGGGUUACUGUCAGCUGAGCAACUGAAGAAACAGCCUGUUUGUAAAAAAUGUACAUUAAGUAUUCAAAAAAAGUUGGCAGGAUGAAGCUUUUGGUAAGAAAACACUACUUAUACAAGUAAAUGACAAGAUAAGCAAAGACUGCUUUGUCCACAGGGGGCGCCAAAAUUCACACACACUAUUAGUUCCUCUCAGAGGCUUUAAUUCAAAUAACUUAAAUCUCUGCAUCUGAGAAGUUUGUUCAUCCCUCUCUUUCUUUCUUUGUGCCACACUCGCUGGUCCAUGACGAAGUACAAACAGUAGCCACACGUCCAUAUAUGGUGUUUGCUGUUUAUUGGUGGGCGAGGAUUUAUGCUGAUUGCUGACUAGCAGCAGUGCUGUCAAAUUACAGUUGACUGGCAUUCAGGAACAUACAGGUUUGCCAGUGAUCAAACCCAGGACUUUUUAGCACUAAGGUCUUUUGGUUAAAAGUCUUCACACUGAUUUACUAACAUUUCAUGAAUGAGAGCGCUUUUCAAACUCAAAUUCAGUCCAAAGCUACAACAUACUGAGAACUAAACACUCAUCGUUAAUAAAAACCAUCUGACCUCAGUCUCAGGUGCAGACAUGAGUUCAUUAGCCUCUUAGCAUCACAGUCAUAGUGAUUAUGAGUUCAGUGCAUGAUUUCUUUCAAUUUGGUAAUACCGCAAUGUAAAAGUUUUGCUUUUUACCCACCUUAACACCCACUCUUAGUGUUUCUGCUCAUACAAAUAUAGGAUAAACAGUAUUUUAAUGUUGUUUUUAAUUGUGUUUUAGUGGCUGUUUUGACCACAAGAAUCCGCAACUAUCAGGAGCAUCUACAGACACACCGCAAGGUGAGUGAAAGCGCCGAGUCUGCGUUAAUUUUCUUGCGUGUCAAAGAGUUUGACUCAUCCUUUGAUCGGGGUUGAUAUAAAGAGUUAAAGACUCAUCACGUCAAAGCGGAGCUGACUUGCAUCACUGAGACGAUCUGGUAAGAUGAGGGUGUCUUCACAUUUCCUCCCUCCCUUCCUUCCUCUGGUCUGAAGCAUGCUUGUGCCGCAGGAUAUCCUGCGCAGCGCAGUCAAGAACAUACGUAGCAAUGUCAUGGUUGGAAAUUUCCAGGUUACAUCAUACAUAGAACAUUGUGGUCAAAACUGACACGGAUACGCACAGUUUGUAAGUGUUAACUUCAUCUCUGUUUCCUAACCUCUAAGAAAAAAGGCUUAAUUUGGUGUCUUCAUCUCAACCUUCCUCCUGUUUGUAUCACAGCUAUCACUCAACUUCCUGUGUUUCAUGUCAUUGCAGGACAAAGCUAACAAGAGGCGAAUGCUAAUGGCUAUUGACAAAAGGAAAAAAAUUUUGAAAAACAUGAGGUUGACCAACUAUGAGGCUUUUGAGAGAGUGUGCGAGCAGCUGGGCAUCACAUAUACGUUCCCUCCAGAGUACUACAGACGAGUCACUCGCCGCUGGCUGGCCAAGAAAGCCUUCUGCAUCAAGGUAGCAACACACGACCCCUUCAAAGUGUCUAUUUGUUCUAUGUAUGAUACUCUAUUCUGUAGGUUUCAUAAAGGUAUUGUUUAAAGUUUGAUAUCUCAAGAUUUAACCCGCACUUGUGAACCAUGAGUGCUAACUGUGUUUAAGAGCAUCACUCAAACUUUCCCUGUCAGUUGAUGUACACUCAACUAGCCGACUAACAAGUCCAAGGUGUGAUUUCUGUGCCUCCACUGACGCUCCGCCCCGUGUGAUCUUCUCAGGUCUUCAAAGAGGUGCAGAGGAAGAAAGCAGAACAGAGGCUGGCGAUGAAGCAGAGUUCGGCGCAGACAGACGCAGCUGCAGCAAACACAGCAGCUGCAACGACCCAAUAAAAGAAAUAAUAUAACAACUGAUCUUCACUUUCACACAGUCAGAUGGAAAAAUAGUUCCCUUUUCAUGUCUUUAUCUUAAAGUAUUGUCUUACUUUCAGUUUCAGGUUGGUUUCUGCUUUAAAUGGAAAUAAAAUGUCACAGAAAGUUCUUCUCUGA